GCAGAUAUCACUCACCCUGCAUUCACUUAUGGCUCUUCCCUCCACAUUGUGACGAAGGUCAUUUGUUCUCUUCUAUUUUUAGCUGCUUCUAUUUCAAAAGCUGUGAAACAACUGAUCCUCCCAGAAGAGGGAAGCGGCUUCGCACAGGGUCACUUCUCUCCAACUACACUUCAAGACUUUUUAAAUGCUUCAGCCUCUCGUGGCAUUUUCAUUAAUGAUAUUUUCUUGAGUGUCACGAUCAGAGAACAGUAAUGUCAGCGCACAACAGUGAAUCAGCAGUCAGCGACAGUUGCGAACUUGCAGACGUUGGAGGAUCUCUGACAAGUUCUGCCUCCGGGCUUGUCCCAACUAAAUUAACUGUGGUGGUCGGAGACACUCACUUCUGUGAGGAGAAGACCUUACUCGUUCAGAGUUGCGACUACUUUCGAGCUCUGUACCGCUCUGGGAUGAAGGAGUGUCGGCAACAAGAAAUCCACCUCAAGUCUCUGCGUGCUCGAGGCUUCCUUAUCGCCUUGGCGGUUUUACGAGGUGAGUUGCCCGCCCUGGAUGCUGACGAUAUCGUCGAGGCCAUUGAAUGUGCUGCUUUCCUGCAGGUGGCCAAGCUUACUAAGCACCUGAUCGAACUCAUUGACUCUGACAAUUGCUUGCUGAUGUAUCACACUGCGGCAACCUUUGGCCUUAUGGAUCUUUACCACGCUGCUGCACUGUUCAUCCGAGACAUGUAUGUCGACCUGGAGGCGGAGGUCAGGAAUACCUUACCGUCAGAGCUGAUUGCCUACGUGGACUCUUUGACCCCAAGUGUUUUCGUGGCUGUAGGGGCUCAUGUGACCUGUGGCGUGAAUGAAACUGUACAUGUUGCCUCCAGGACAGUCUGCUACCUGGAUGAAACUGGCAACAACUGGAAAGUAUUAACAGAUCUUCCACUGGAGGCCAGCACUUCCAUGGCUGGAGUGACUGUGCUCGACAACAACCUCUACAUCAUUGGAGGAGUUCAUGGAGUCCAGAAACAAGUUGUGGACUCUUGCUUUUGCUAUAGUGUCGAAAACAACCACUGGGGCAGGAUCGCCAGUCCGGCACAGCUGCGCUACAAUCUCAGCCUUGUAGGUGCAGACAGUCGUCUUUACGCCAUUGGGGGAGAAUGUGACCGAACAGUGAUGUCAUCUGUGGAAACAUACGAUGUAACGACUGGGUUGUGGACGUUUGCCGCUCACUUGCCUCGGCCAGCGGCAGGAGUGGCCUGCACCAAAGCUAUGAGAAGAAUAUUUGUGUGUUUAUGGAGGCCGAUGGAGACCACAGAGAUCUAUGAGUAUGUCUCAGCAAAAGACCAGUGGUUGCUAGUUACGACACUAAUCAGGCGCCAGAGCUACGGCCACUGCAUGGUCGGCCACAGGGACAACUUAUAUAUCAUGAGAAAUGGGCCAUCUGACGACUUCCUGAGAUGCCUCAUGGACUGUUACAAUCUAAGCUCUGGCCAGUGGUCAUCCUUGCCAGGACACUUUGCCAAUAGCAAAGGUUCGCUGUUCACCGCUGUGGUUAAAAGCGACUCCGUGUUUACUCUCAACAGGAGCAUGACUUUGGAGUACGCAGUCGACGGCAAAACCUGGAAGCCCCGCCGGCAGAUGAAGGGUUUUCCCAGGAGCGGAUCAGUGUGGACAUUUCUGCUCCGGCUGCCAUAUGCUCUUGUGUGAGAGUAUAUGUGACUAGUGUCUCCAUUGCCUCUGGGAUUUAUUCGAUUAUCAACAUCUUUUUACACUCAAACAUGUUUGAUAAAUACCUGUGCUUUGAUAAAUGAAUAGUUACUGUUCAUAACAAUGAUUUGUUUUCAUACUUUUGUCCAUAAUUUCUAUUAGUAAUGAUAAUAAUGUCCUAACAAGGUGUUUGAUGAGAACUGGAACAGGGUGACAUCCAAUGGGGUUUGCAAAUAUAGUUUCCUUUAGAGCUGCUCCCUGUGGUUGGGUUUAAAGAAAGUCGGUGUAGGGCAACCACAAUUAUUGAGGAAACAGUUUUGGACACAACAAAGGCUCCAUUUACUCAUGGAAAAUGUCUCGUAAUCUGGGGAUCUGAUUCAUCACUGACACAUCGUUUGAUAGUCAUUGCACAGAUGGUUAAAAAUACAGUUCAGCAAGUGUGUUUUACCCUUUAGUAGUUCCCCCUUUGCUGUGUCAUUCAACUGAUUUGUCAUUAUCCUGAAAAACUAUGAAACAUUCCCACUAUAUGUUUUUUUGCCACACUUUUAGGGGUGGUUCAGUUGGCGUUGCUCCACCCUUUUCCAACAUGUCCUCUGCCUCACCUGUGCUUCAGCAUUUGCUAAUUGUGACAGAUAAAAAACAAUUUAAGAGAUUUUUUGUAUGGCUUAAAGCUCUCCGCCAUCUCACCAGGAUGGGAUGUGUUCUCCAGUGUGUCUUGCACUGCCAUGUGUAGUCCUGUGUUCAUCCUCACAGAGAGCUUCUGUUUCUUGCAGCAGCCUCUGUUUCCUAUUUGCACUAAGCAAUGAUGAUGAUGAUGACGACGAUGGAGGAUAACAGCAGACAGAGCCAGGCACCAUUGGCAGCUGGGCAGGAUGCCAGCAGUAGACAGUGAUGUUAAAUCAAACUCAGAAUAAAGAGAGGGACUGGGGUCAGGCCAGGACACAGCACUC